AGAAACAAAAGAAAAAAAAAAUCCCCAUUUCUCUAAAAAUCUAGAGGCUUCUUCUCUUCUCCUCUCUCUCGUUCCCCUUCGUUUCGAUUCGUCUCGCCCAAAUCUUCAAAUCCAAAUCCGCAGCGGAGGCGGCCGGGGCGCGGCGGCCAGAUCCUGGAAGAGAAUCCAUUCCGGGAGGGGAAUCCGCGCAUGCCAAUGUCGGAUCCCACGGCGGCGGUCAUCCCCAAGCCGGGGGGCAUCGGCGUCGGCGGCGGAGGCGGCGACGACGAGGAGCCGGUGGAGAUCCGGGAGGUGUGGGCGGACAACCUCGAGGAGGAGUUCGCGCUGAUCCGCGACGUCGUCGACGAGUUCCCCUUCGUCGCCAUGGACACGGAGUUCCCUGGCAUCGUGUGCCGCCCCGUCGGCGCCUUCCGCUCCCCGGCCGACUACAACUACGCCACGCUCAAGGCCAACGUCGACAUGCUCCACCUCAUCCAGCUCGGCCUCACCUUCUCCAGCCCGCGCGGCGAGCUCCCCGCGCUCGGCCCAGGCCGCCGCCGAUGCGUAUGGCAGUUUAAUUUCCGCGAGUUCGACGACGCCCGCGACAUCUUCGCCUCUGACUCCAUUGAGCUCCUGCGCCGUAGCGGCAUCGACUUCCGCCGCAACUCCGAGCGCGGCGUUGACGCUCGCCGGUUCGCGGAGCUGCUCAUGUCCUCUGGCGUCGUGCUUAACGAUUCUGUAUAUUGGGUCACCUUCCACGCGGGCUACGACUUCGGGUACCUGCUUAAGAUCCUCACAUGCAGCAGCCUACCGGACACGCAAGCCGGCUUCUUUAAGCUCAUGAAGAUAUAUUUCCCCACCGUGUAUGACAUCAAGCACCUCAUGAAGUUCUGCAAUAGCCUGCACGGUGGGCUGAACAAGCUCGCCGAGCUCCUUGACGUGGAGCGCGUCGGAGAGUCCCACCAGGCCGGUUCAGAUAGCUUGGUCACUUCAUGCGCGUUCUGGAAGCUCAAGGAUUCGUUCUUCGCUGGCUCUACCGAGAAAUAUGCUGGAGUGCUGUAUGGGCUCAAUGCGGAGAAUGUUGUCAGUGCGCAUUGAUGGAUGGUACUCCUCUUUGAAUUUUAGCUUUGUGAAUGGAUUGAUUUAGGACAGAAAAUGUGACAAAUGAUCAAGAUGAUGUUAUGUAGGUCAAGUUUGUCUCACUCCAUUUGGGUUUAAUGUGAUCCUAGUGUUCUUCAGUUAUUCGCGAUGAAAUAGUGAACUGUAUUUAUGUUAAGUUGUUCUGUCCGCUUUCAUUUUCUCCUACCUGGUUUAGUUAGAUAGGAAAGAAAAAUCACCUUUAAGGAUUAGGAGAUGGUAAAAUGAAUAUAUUUUGUUGCUGUUUUGUCAUUGAUAUGUAUAGCAUGGAAGCUGGUUGUUUCCAAAGAGUGGGGUGCGGGUACAUCAAAGUGCUCAAACAUGUAACUUGAUAACAUUACAAUACAAUACACAGAGCGCGACCUCUCUUCACAUGGGUA